AUGAAAUAUAUAUUAACAAUUAUUGCUGUAGUUUUACUUUUUACCUCUUUGGCCAGUGCUUCUGUCUCUGUUAAAUAUGGUUCAUGUACAGGAAGUUGCUAUUGUGCAUCUAAUAUGAUUGAAAAUUAUAAUACAAGUGAAGCUCUUAUGGUUGUAGAAAUACCAAAUAAACCGGAGCUCAAACAAUUUGAUAAUAGAUUUUCUGCUACCUACGAUCCAGAGUUAAAGAAAAUUCUUUUCAAUGCCACUGGUGAUACCUAUACAGUUGCAUUCCCUGAUUUGGCUUACCCAAUCAACAAGCCAGGAGACAACUCCUACGGAGUACCACAAUGUGUAUAUGUAAUCAAUAGCUAUGUAAAAGACAAUUGUUUAUACAAUGUAUUCUGUAAUGAUGAAUCCUCAGGAUCAUCUUCACUCUUACCUUUCAUCGCAGCUAUCACAUUUUCUGUUGUUUUAAGUUUAUUACUUUAA